AUGUCGACAGAAUCUUCUUCAUUCCCAGCCGCCACCAUCACCAUCACCACUACCGCUACCAACACAACAUCAAACUCAUUCGCAAUCACCACCACCACAAACACGACAUCAAGCUCAUUCACAAUCACCACCGCCACCAACACAACAUCAAGCGUCAGCCUGGAAAGUAGCUGUACACCGACGCCGAUCCUGCCCAACCCUACGUCGCUAUUCCCCUCCGGAGGCGACGAUCUAUAUACAAGUGUUACUCUGCCCUUCCCCAUUGGCGUUUUCGGCUCCUUUGACAGGACUGUUUAUGUCAGCAUCAACGGUCGGGUGUCUCUCAACUACCAAAAUAGCAAUUAUGGCAAUCCCGAGCUGCCUGAUGCGUCGUUACCUCCCAUCUCCGUGCUGGCGUAUUACGACGACCUCGUCAUUGAUCCAGGCACGGACCAGAGGGUCGCCUACCAAGUCUUUGGCUCCGCCUCCGCGAACCGCACCGUCAUCUUUGAAUGGCUUGCGCCUCCCUUGAUACAUCCAGAUUAUUUUUGCCAUUUCACGGCCACCUUUGAGGAGGCCUUGCCUGGAAUAGUCACCUUCCGAUACUACACCACGACGGACAAGGGCAGCAGCGCCACUAUCGGUGCUCAGAACCUUGAGCGUAACCAAUCUUUCGUGCAGUACUCAUUCAACUCGCCGGGAGCUGUUCCGGAUAAGAGUUUCGUGCGACUGGACACAACCGGGGCUGGCACAUUCACCACCGGCAGCUUUAACACGUCUCAAUGUUAG